CAGAAUUGAAAACCGCUGAUUGGCCGAGGGCUUCCCUGCCCUGCGAGAAAACUUCCUGUUUCCUCCAAGUGGACUUUGUGUUUCAUUGGGAAAGCACGCCAAAGGAUGCAAGUGUAAUCCAGGAAAAAACACAUCCUAUUGUUUCUUAGGAUCGCACACGGAUCCGUAGCCCGCAUUUCUCAACGGCAGUACGAAGAAACGUACUGUACAGUGAAGCCGUAAGCAUCUGAUUUGGUGCCACCAUGAGUGGGGGAGUGAAUGUGAAGAGUCUUCCACGAGCCCAGCCGGGCUCCAGCAUUCCUCUGCACAGGACAAGACACCCCUCCCCGAAACCUGAGUCCAAGAGCACCAGUAGUGGCCUUCCGAGACCGUCCACACACGUCCCCGUUAGCAACAAAACCUCCUGUAGCAGCAGCCCUACAGCUGUCUCCUCCAGAGAUGUGCUGAGGGACACCACCCUCAGAAACCAGCAUCUGCUACUAAGAGGCAGUCCACCUAGUCAACGUUCUUCCACCCGUCCUCAAACUCAGACCCAAGACUCUAGAUCAGCCCACAGCAGUCCACAAGUUCGACGGAAAGAGUCCCCACUUUUGAGGGGUGCUCUGGAUGGGUCCAAGAGUUUGCUUGACCUUCGGUCCAACGGCAACAAGAACUUCCAGAGUGGAAUCUUUCAUUCUCAGAUGGGAAGAAUGGACAACGAUAACAGUUUGAUCUCAGAAGAACUCAAAUACCAUGAGGAGUGUGCUGCUUCUGGAAGCAGUCACAGCAAGACGGGAAUCCCUUUGUUCAGAUUUAUUAACAAAAACUUGAGGCCUGGUCCAGCAGCCACUAACGUAGAUACGGGUCUCCUCAGAGUCCGUCGAGAGAGAGUGUCCCUGCAGAACAGUGCCUCUAGUAGUUUUUCAGAUGAGGAGAUGUGCACCCCAGAUGACCUCAGCCCGGAGGUCCCACAAAAACCACCCCCCGAGACUACUGCAGUCCCGAAACAGGAAACCUCUAGUGUUGAGAGGCUCAAAGCCAAACAGUCACCGAAGGUCAAUAUGGCUGCUGUGGCACCUUUCAGAUACAGACUGCAGAUUCAGGAAGAUAUAUCUCUGGAUGACUUCAGUGACUGUUCCUCUGACUCAAUAGAAGUCUGCUGUGAUGACCUCAAUACUGGAGGAAUGCUUGGGGGUAGCCCAAGAGGACAAGGAGUAGAUCUGGAGACUGAAGCUGACAAAACGUCCAAAGCCAAGACCCCUCAGGGCCAGGCGGGAGCCAACGGAGUUGGGGGCAUGGCUGCGAAAAGGGGCAAGUCAGGGCUUCCACAGGCUACUCCUCGGGCUGAGCUAAAGGUCUACCGAGCUGGAAACUCUGAGGGUCAUCUUCCAGUGCCUAGUAACCUGCGCAAGCAAAAGUCCUUGACCAAUCUAUGUGUGCUUACGGACGCCGAGAAGAAGAUGCACCCGUACCAGCCCAAGUGGUCGGAUGACAUGGAAAAACCAGGGGCAGGUCAGAACAAGUCAGGCAAGCUCAAAGAUGCCGGAGGGGGCACAGGCAAGGGUAUCCCACUUUCCAAGAACCUUUCCAAGUCAGAGCAUUCACUGUUUCAGGGAAAGCCAAAACCCUUUAGCCCACCUUCCAAACUGGGCAAAGCCAGUCGGAUACCUAAGGGUCCUUAUGCUGAGGUCAAACCCAUCAGCAAGGCUCAAGAGCUGGCAGAUGACGGCAAGUCAGAUGAUGAGAUCUUGUCCAGCAAGGCUAAAGCUAAUGGUAAGAAAACUGUAAGUGGUACCUCAGGAGCAGCCACCCCAGGUGGGGGCAGAGGGGACAAAGGUGCACCAGAACCAGAGGAAGGGGACAAGACCUUUCUAAAGGUGGACCCUGAACUGGUUGUAACGGUACUUGGGGACCUGGAGCAGCUUCUCUUCAGUCAGAUGUUGGAUCCCGAGUCCCAGAGGAAACGUACCGUUCAGAAUGUCCUUGACCUCCGGCAGAACCUGGAAGAUACCAUGUCCAGUUUACGGGGGUCACAGCUCAGCCACAGCUGUAUUGAGAGCAGCAUGUGCUACGACAGCGAUGAGACUAACGCCCGCAGCAUCUCUAGCUUGUCCAACCGUUCCUCCCCUCUCUCCUGGCGCCAAAGCCGGUCCAGCCCUCGGCUGCAGGCUGGUGACGCCCCCUCCUCCGGGGUCUCCACCCACUCGCUGCCCAUCCGAGCAACAACGCAGACCAGCCACCUGCAGCACAUCCAGCUCAUCGAGGGCCUGGACGCCGCGGACGAUGACCUGGCGGACCUCAAGUCUGGUUACCUCAGCGACAGCAACCUGACGGGCAAGAGCCAACCAGAAGAAGAGGAUGACGACGAUGUAGACGUCGAUGAUGACGACCUAGCCAACGGUUGGGAUGAAAGCAGCUCCAUCAGCAGCGGGUUGAGUGACGGUUCAGACAACCUCAGCUCAGAGGAGUUCAACGCAGGCUCCUCCCUCAACUCCCUGCCAACAACUCCCAUUGGCUCCCGACGAAACUCCACCAUCGUGCUGCGCACUGAUGCCGAAAAGCGCUCGCUGGUUGAAAGUGGCCUUUCCUGGUACAGCGAGGAGGGGAAGGCUCAGUGCCGGAACGAGGGAGGAUACAACACGGGCAGCCUUAAGGCGGAGUCGUCCAGCAAGUGGAAAAAAAGCAGAUCUCAGGAUGACACGGGAGUCAAGGGUGAGCUGAGGAAACCGCAGACGCUUGGCCACCCGCCCAGCGGACUGAAGAAGAGCCGUAACCCUCCUGUAGGCGUGACCUCCCCCAUCACGCACACCUCACAGAGCAUGCUCAAAGUGCCAGGAGUUCCAAAGAACGAUCAGCAAGUCGUGGACAAAGCCAAAAUGGCAGUGAAAACAUCAGGCUUACAGCGCUCCAGUUCGGAUGCAGGGAAAGAUCGUGGUGAGCACCGAAAACCCCCUUCCGGUCUUGUCCGUCCCUCCGCCAGCACGGUUAAUUCCUUCGGUUACAAGAAAUCCAUUCCAACUACCGGCACUGCCACUGUACUAACAAAUAGUGGAAGCACCGUCUCCGGAGACUCUGCAAUUGUGAACAAAACUCCUAAAACCUCUGGUAUCCCAGUGAAACCCUCUGCCGGUGGGGUAGGUGGAGGACGAAAGACCAGUCUUGAUGUGUCGAACUGUGAUCAAGGUUUCAUGGCUCCGAACCCACGCAACAACAUCCAGUAUCGUAGUCUCCCGAGACCUGCUAAGUCCAGCACCUUGAGUCUGACGGGAGGACGGCCGGGUGCUCGUCCCUUCAGCAGCAACAUGGACGCUGGUCUGCAGGGCCUAAAAACAGUCCCCGCCCCGUCUAGACUGAAGGAACCAGGCAGUGUGAAGAGCUCCCAUCGGGCCAGUACAGGAGGGUGCACUCCAGUCAACCAGACGGACCGUGAGAAGGAGAAGGCCAAAGCCAAGGCAGUGGCGUCUGAUUCUGAGUGUGGUGGAGGCGGCCUGCUAAAGAACGGCACAUUGACACCAACACAGAGUGCGCUGGAGCCUCCUUCCAAACUACUGGGACUUCGGCAGCCAUCCAGUGUGGGCAAAUAUUCAGAGCUGCCCUCUCCCAACUCUCAGAGGCCCUCCAGUGCCAGAUCUCUGCCAAAACCUGCUCACCUGGACAAGGUCAACUCCAACAGCCUGGACUUUGGGAUAAUCAGCGUGGAGGACCAGCUUCCUCCAAAAGUGCUGCCCUUCUCCAAAUUACAAGAUCUGUCAGGAAUUAGCAGCACAAGCUGUCUGACACCUAGUCCGGCUCCCAUCCUCAACGUCAACUCCUCUGAGUGUUUCUCCAGCGCCACCGUGGGCCGAGGGGGCAGCGCUGGCGGCUCUCCUUCGCUCUACCCCCGCCUCUCUGGGCUGCACCGUAGCAUGGAGUCCUUGUCACUACAGAUGAGCGUGUCUCCUGCAGGGGGCAGCAUGAUGGAGCCCAGGCCCAGACAUGAGGACAGAGGGACGGAUGGUGGCUGGUCGAAAGGAAGCAGAGCCUCACUCACGCUCACGACAGACAGCUCACAAAGGGACAGAAAUACUCUCCCAAAGAAAGGCUUAAGCCAGCACAUCUCCUCGCAGGCUGAGGAGGACAGUAAAGAGAGACGUCACUCGCAAACUAUAGUGAGCCUGACUGAGACCAACAGUCCGCCGCAGUUCCCUUCACCCAUACUGACAGGAAAAACACCACUGACGAGCAUCAUAGCACCCAGCCCCACCUCAGGAACGCCAAGAAUGACCAGAUCCAACAGCAUCCCCACUCACGAGGCCAGUUUUGAGCUGUAUCAGGGCUCUCCUCUGGGCAGCACCCUAUCACUCGCCGAGCGACCCAAGAGCAUGAUCCGAUCCGGCUCCUUCAGAGACAGAGAAGCCUGCGAUGACGUUCAUGGCUCAGUGCUCUCACUGGCGUCUAAUGCCUCCUCCAGCUACUCCUCAGCGGAGGAGAGAAUACAGGGUGAGCAAAUCCGUAAGCUGAGGAGGGAGCUGGAGUCUUCACAGGAGAAGGUGGCCAAUCUGACCUCACAGCUGUCUGCUAAUGCCAACCUGGUGGCAGCGUUUGAGCAGAGUCUGACCCUCAUGACCUCUCGACUCCAGAACCUCUCCUUCGGCGCUGAGCAGAAGGACAGUGAAUUACUGGACCUUAGAGAAACAAUCGACAACCUUAAGACCAAGAACAUGGAGGCGCAGGCCGUCAUCCAUGUGGCACUCAAUAACCCAGAUGUGGCCCCCAAAGAGUUGCGAAUCAGGAGGCAGAACUCAUCCGAGAGCAUCUCUAGUCUGAACAGCAUUACCAGCCACUCCAGUGUGGGCAGCCUGAAAGACGACGCCAAGAAGAAGAAGAAAAAGAACUGGUUACGAAGUUCUUUUGGCAAGGCGUUCAGCAUUAAGAAGGGCGCUAAAGAUGGCUCCAUGUACUCUGAUAUUGAAGAGAUCGCCACUCCAGACUCUUCUGCACCCAACUCACCAAAACUGGGUCAUGAAGAGGGAGAGAACCCGCCCAUUUCCCUCCCAUCCAGCCAAUCAGCCACUCCCUCUGUGAUCCAUGAAAGUAACGAGGAAAACGAGAGUGAUGAGAAGAUGGUGUCAGAGCUGCGGUCUGAGCUGUGGGAGAAAGAGAUGAAACUGACGGACAUCCGGCUAGAAGCGCUGAGCUCAGCACAUCAGCUGGAGCAUCUACGAGAAGCCAUGAACAACAUGCAUAGGAUGGUGGACAGUCUGAAGGCAGAGAACGAUCAGCUGAAAACAGGAAGUGCUCCAUCAUCCCUUGUCCUCCCUUGCGGCCCACCUUCUACUUCCACCUCCCAGCCGUCUGGUCUGGCCAGCUUCCUGAACUCCAACCAAACCAAACCACCCAUGAGCCUCACCAAGUCCUUCAGCCUCAGUCUCAAUGAGUGCUCCAACAUUGACGUUGCUCCUAUGGAGUUACUGAGUCUGCCAUCUCAGAGAGACGAGGCCUUAACGCGUGUGGUGGUCCGUAUAGCUGACAAGCAAGUGUCCAGAGAGCAGGUGAGGCAGCAGGAUUUCUACAUCGGCUCUGUGAGGAUUCAUGGGAAAACGGAGUGGUCUGUGUUAGACACGGACAUCUCCACAGCUUUUGGGAACUACAUUUCGCAGGUGGAUCCCAGUGCGAGUAUGGGACUGUCUGUCGACUCUAUCCACAGUUACAGUAUUAAUCAGAGCAGGAGGGUGCUUGGAGCCGAAGCCCCAGAAAGUUCACCCUGUGACUGUUUAAAAAAGGGUCCUGGACUCGUCACUGUCACCCUUAAAGGUUUUAAGGAGAAGUGUGUGGACAGUCUGGUGUUUGAGACGAUUAUCCCCAAGCCCAUGAUGCAACACUACAUAAGCCUGCUUCUGAAGCACCGACGGCUGGUACUGUCGGGCCCCAGCGGCGCGGGAAAGACCUACCUCACCACCCGACUGGCUGAGUACCUGCUGGAGAGGAGCGGCCGUGACCCCAGCCCUGGCCUUAUCACCACCUUCAACAUGCACCAACAGACCUGCAAGGACCUCCAGUUGUACCUGUCUAAUCUGGCCAAUCAGAUUGACCGCGAUUGUGGUGCUGAGGACAUUCCAUUGGUCAUUAUCGUGGAUGAUAUCAGUGACGCGUCUUCCAUCACUGACCUGGUCAAUAGUGCACUGACCUGCAAAUAUCACAAAUGUCCUUAUGUCAUUGGAACCACCAAUCAGUCUGUUAAGAUGCCAUCCAAUCAUGGCCUGCAUCUCAGCUUCAGAAUGGUCACCUUCUCCAACAACGUGGAGCCUGCAAAUGGGUUCCUAGUGCGUUACUUGCACAGGAAGUUGAUCGAGGCGGAGGAUGAAAGCACUGUUCACAGUGCUGAGGUGCUGAGGGUUCUGGACUGGGUGCCUAAACUCUGGUACCAUCUCCAUACCUUCCUGGAGAAACACAGCACCUCAGACUUCCUCAUAGGUCCCUGCUUCUUCCUGUCUUGUCCAGUAACGUUAGCAGAGUUUCGCUCAUGGUUUAUUGACCUCUGGAACCAGUCCAUUAUUCCUUAUCUUCAGGAGGGAGCUAAGGAUGGUGUGAAGGUCCAUGGUCAGAAAGCAGCAUGGGAGGAUCCAGUGGAGUGGGUGAGGGAUACGCUGCCCUGGCCUUCAGCUCAACAGGACCAGGCCAAACUCUUUCACCUCCCUCCGCCAACCACCGGCCCCAACACUGCUCCAACACAGCAGCCCAGUGACGACAGGAUCACAUCCAACAAGGACACGUCUCUGCCCACAAUGGAGUCCGAUCCACUGAUGGCGAUUCUGUUGAAACUCCAGGAAUCUGCCAACUACAUCGAAUCACCCGAACGGGAUAUUUCAGGCAACCCCACUUUCUAGGCUGAGCUAAAAGACUCGAGAGCUUCCUAAUGGCUAGGGCUGUUACAAAACACUGUUCUGUACAGCUGAUUUGCACCUCAUGUCUCCUUCAAAAGGUUUGUGAGAGUCGAGAAGAGGAACUGUCAAGAACAUCCAUGUCAAGAAGUCUGAAAGAAAAACUAAAGAACUGAUCCUGCCAGAUCUGAGCGAGAAUCUUUUUUGCACUGUUGUCUUAACCAGACCUUCCUUUGCUUAUUUAACCUGCAAGUUGCAUGGCAAUACUUGCAACUGGGGAUUGUGAAGAUUGGAUUAUUGUGAAUAUGAAAUGUUCUUGUCUGUCAUACUGGGAACAAAAUUUGCUCCACAUCUGUUCGAUAUUACUUUUGUUUUGGGUAAUAUCUGACCAUAUGGACCAAAAAUCUAUUUAUUCUUGUUUGCAAAAGUACCGACACUCCAUCCUCAAGAUCAAGUUGCCUGAACCCUGUACACAAAGGUGCGGUUACAUUUAGACCAACACGCAUGGAUGCAAAACGUAACGUACAAGAUGGUGCUUAGAAUUCAGCCUUAAAUGAUGUCCCUCCAUAUAUCAUGAAGUCAGUCCCAUAGCAAUCUGAUUAUUACUCUAUAUUACCUCACAGUUUGCAUAGUGAUGCAGUUUUAAGGUGCAGUAUAUACCCAUAACCAGGUUGCAUUCAUUCCUAUCAAACACACAGACAUCGGACAGAUGUAGACUGUAGAUCUCUGAGAGGAUGCACUUUGAUUCUUAGCUUUCAAUCAAGAGCACUUACUGGUUGUUCAAGGUUCGUUGGUUGUUCGCUUCAAUGGUGAGUUGCAGCAACAAAGCAACCAAAGGUAAUUUGUUUUCAGUGAGAGUUUGAGGCGACAUGAGCGAUAGAUACUGUUGGUGAUUGACAAAGUUCAGUUAUAUGCAAAUGUCUACCAAUGGGAGAACAGAAAAUGAAAAUGAAUAUUGCCUACAAAACUUUAAGGCGGCACUUGGAAAUGAAGCAAAGCUGAGCAUGACUGCAGUAGGGCUCAUGUGAUGCACCGCCUGAUACAGUCGGAGGGCGACCUCAGGCGAUUUAAUCGUGGUCAGUAAUAACAGAGGUGCUGUUACCGGUGCACGAGAACAGUAUGCAACAUCUUACUUUCAGUAAUUAUCUAUGUGCAUCCAGUGCAUUUGACCUUAUCAAGAUAAUCAAAGUCUUUGUUCUCACUGACAUCCCAAACCCACUUGGCUUUGUGCUGUAGCAUUACUGUAGCAACUAAUGUAGGCCCUGUUUCCACCUGGUAUUAACAUGCAUUUCAAAUGCAUCUAAUGUGACCUUUUGUGAUUGGAUUUUGCUGAGUAAUUCCCCUUUUAUUUUGGGAUUCUGCAAUUUGGAUCAUAAUCUCUUGUUUAUGAUGAAAUUGCUUAAGCUUUAGCUUCAGUUCGAGUCACUUGUUUUGUGUGCUAUCUUUCAACAUGUCUCAAAACGAUCAUGUGUUAGUUAAGGGUGGGUGGCGUCUAGGCAUCCAGGACAAAUAGGAAUUUACAUUGUAAAUGUGAUGUGGUCACAUGCAUUUUUGACUACCUCCAUUUGUGGUUUCAGUGAUUCGAUCACAGUUUUAGACCCUGUUUACACCUGUACUUAGUACAGGACACUUGUGAUCGGAUCACCAAAAACACAUGUUAAUACAAGGUGGAAACAGGGCAGUAAAUAUACUGGAUAUUGACUCCACUGCCUGAACAAAUGAAACCAAUUUGAGCUCCUGCCAAAUAAGAUGCAGAUAGAUUGGGUUUGAAAACAGAUCAGGAUUGUUUGCAGUGUGAACAAAGCCAAAAUUGUUUAAACAAUUUAUGUCUGGAGGAGGUUUAGUCAUUUGUGUUUGGCCUUUGUUAUGUCUAGAGGUUCAAUCACAUCAGUGUUCGCUUACAGUUUUACACGCACUUAUGUCCUUUGGUGUUUUGUAUCAAUGUAGCCAGUUUUGGAUUUAACAUUGCAUUUGUUUUUAUUUCUGGUAACUUCAAGUCACAGGACGACCCCAUGUCAGGGUCUUUUACAAACUCUCAAAUCAUUCCAGUAACAAUUGUAACACUGACAGAAUAUAUUGUGAUUCAAUUCACAUAAAAAAAAUAACAAUGGUGGAUUGUAACUCAUGAAUGCGUUUGCUAUUGGCUGAUUACAGGUGCUCCAGAUCUGUAUGUGCAUGAAAGCUUUAACUCUGAGGAACAUUAUAGCUAAAAAAGACGCCAACGGAUGUGUUGGCAACCAGUCUACAAGAGCAAAGUGAUUUUUUUAACCUAAAUUACCAAACUGAAACUGAAUUUCUCAUGUAUAUGUACUAACCGGUUAGUACUAGCACUAUAGCAAUGAAACUGUGCCGUUGUAAUCUCAGAAUGUAAAUUGGAUCAAAACUUAAGUUUGCCAACACACCUAGUGCUCUUGAUGAUGCUUGCCGCCUCUUGUGCUCGUGUUUACGUGUCCUGUUACUGUCAGAUGUAGCUCUCCAAAUGAAUAACCAGAGGAGCAUUUUUUUAAAGGUCUUUUUUUGUACGUGUUUGUUUUUUACUAAAGAAUCCAAGGCUGACAUUUGUAAAUAGAUUUACAAAAAAAUUGCCAAAAAAAAAAAAACAAACAAAAAAGAUCUAGGGUAGAAUAAACAGAGCAAGGUUAAAAUAUCACAACUAUGAAUUGAAUGUGUCUGGUUAGAUAUACAUUACAGCGAGGAUCGCGGUCAUCUCUCAGUUAUCGCCUUUCCUGUAGAGGCAAGUUAACUGCCACAAAGUAACUAGAUCAUGUUGCCUAUGUACAUGUUUCACUAUAAAAGUGUCCUCUGUAUUCUCUUCCGGAUCGUACAAGGUAUUGAAUGGCUUUUACGAUUGAGUUGGCCAUAACAACCCAUUAAAAAACAGUAAAAUUAAGUGCUUUAGCGGUGCUUCAGCUCACACAAGUACCUCAAAAUCUGUCUUAACAGCACAUCGUAUGAUCAUAAACUUCCCUUAACCGCUUAAGGAUAGUUUGGGGCUUUGGGGAAGAUUCCCCAGUGUUUGUCAUGAAAAUGUGCCUAAUAUAAGCCAACUCGUUGGACAUUGCAAUACCUAAACUAUUAUGUUUUGCAAGGGAUUGUUUGCUGUGGAGGAUAAGAAUGCGAGCGAACGUGUUAUCCUUUUUUAUGCUAGCUUAUAAAUAACAUUGAGAUUUGAGCUCGCCGGUAGUCUCGUUUCCAAAUGUCCUGGAAAUCGAGGCUGCUUUGCCAGCUAGCACAAACUAAAGCCAUUUCCCACUGUCUCUCAGAUAUAUUUGCCAUCAUAGUACAGUGUGCUUUAUCAUAUCUGCUGUCUUGCAUAUGAACUGAUACAGUUUGGACAACCUAAAAUGGGUAAUCUAAGUCUUGAUUAAUUUAUUCAAUAAUUUUUUACUGUUUUACGACUAACAAUGCUGAAUGUUCAAGCAGGCACAUUAAUAAUACAAAACCUGUGCUUUAUAAACUCAUGUUUUCCCACUUGUUUUAGAUUAAACGGGUUCAAUAUUGUUUAGUCAAAACAGAUUCAUGAUUUGUCACUAUGCAGCGUUGGAAUAACAUUGUAGAGUUGAGUUGUUAGUACCAAUGACAGAAAACAAUGGUAUAUGUAAUAAGCUAAUGUGCAGGUUUGAUGAUGUUUUAAUGUUGAUGUGUAUCACCAUUGUUUGUCUGGAAAAACACAUUGGACCUACCUGUCCCACUGGGAUUUCAAACAAAAUAUGUUUUUCUUUUUGUUCUUCUUCCUCUUUUUUUCCUGCUUUCUCUUUAAUAAAUCUUUCUAUUUUGUAUAGAACAUUGCAGUUGUAAACAUUGUAAAUAGUAAACUCAUCCGCGACCACAAUCACAGUAAAAUAUGAAAAGAUCCGGCCCUAUCAUGAGACACCUUUUGUUAUUGUUGGUUUUAUUAUUAUUUUUUGCAAACUGUCUGCUGGAAGGGGGUUAUGAAGGCAUGUGCUGAUCUGAGAGAAUUUCUUCCAUCAAAUAUUCACUCACGUUUCCAAUAAACUCGUGCCAUCCCUA